AUGGGCUUGGCUGGGGUGCUGCAGGUGCACAGCCCUGUGCAGAAGUCCCUGCAUGGGAAGGGAGUGGCUGGAAGAGCUGAGCUGCCUCAGGGGAUGCGCAGAGGCUGGUGGGAUCACACUGGAGCCUGGGCAGCUCCUCUCCUCGCAGUGCUCACCACAGCUCAGGUGCCAUGGCCAGACUUGCUGAGCCAGGAUGUGGCCUUUGGGCACAGGGACCCCAUCUUGCUGCCCAGGCAGGCCUGUGCUCCUGGGACACUGACUGACCCCUGUCUUCUCCCCUCUCUUCUCUUCCUCUCCAGGUUCCCAGGUCCAGGCAGCGCUGACUCAGCAGCCAUCCUGAGUGUCAGACAAGUGAAGGAGACCAGAAACACCGUCAGGAUCACCUGCUCUGGGCUUAGCAGCAGCUAUGCUUAUGCUGGCUGGUUCCAGCAGAAGGUCCCUGGCAGUGCCCCUGUCACUGUGAUCUAUGCUAAUGACAAGAGACCCUCGGACAUCCCUUCGCGAUUCUCCGGAUCCUUAUCCGGCUCCACGGGCACGUUAACCAUCACUGGGGUCCAAGCCGAGGACGAGGCUGUCUAUUUCUGUGGUGGCUAUGACAGCAGCAGUGGCAGCUAUGGUGUAUGGAAGGUCUGUGCUCCUGGGAGACUGGCUGAUCCUCCUCUACCCUCUCCCUCUCCACAUUCCCUGGUCCAGGCAGCACGUGAAUCAUCCUCAGUGUCAGCCAACAUGGGAGACACCGCCCGGAUUAACACCUGUGGUGGCAGUGGCAACUAUGCCUGGUAUCAGCGACAAUAUGGCUGGUACCAGCAGAAGGUCCCUGGCAGUGCCCCUGUCACUGUGAUCUACAGCAGCAACAGCAGACCCUCGGGCAUCCCUUCGCGAUUCUCCGGUUCUGCCUCCGGCAACACGGCCACGUUAACCAUCACUGGGGUCCAAGCCGAGGACGAGGCUGUCUAUUUCUGUGGUAGUGCUGACAGCAGCAGUGAUGCUGCACACGGCAGCUAUGGCUGGUACCAGCAGAAGGUCCCUGGCAGUGGCCCUGUCACUGUGAUCUACCAGAAUGACAAGAGACCCUCGGACAUCCCUUCGCGAUUCUCCGGAUCCAAGUCCGGCUCCACGGGCACGUUAACCAUCACUGGGGUCCAAGCCGAGGAUGAGGCUGUCUAUUUCUGUGGUUCCCUGGUCCAGGCAGCACUGAGUCAGCCAUCCUCACUGUCAGCCAAGGUGGGAGACCCCAUCAGGAUCACCUGCUCUGGGGUUAGCAACAUCUUUGGCUUUGGCUGGUUCCAACAGAAGGUUCCUGGCAGUGGCCCUAUCCCUGUGAUCUAUAACGACAACAAGAGACCCUCGGGCAUUCUAGAUCCACAUCCAGCUCCACAAACACCUUAA